AUGGCCAAUCUGAAGAAGCAUCUUUCCUCCAUAGCCAACGACGUUGUCCACAGAUGUGCACUGAAACUAGAUACUAGCACGGAUAACUUGGUGGAAGAGUUUGAAGCUGGAUGGAACCCCGAAACUAAUGGUUAUUCAAGGAAAUUUGUGGAAUUUUGCAGUGCAAAGUCUCUUACAUACAUGUGCCAAAACAUAGAAGAAAAUAUUAGCAAUGGAUCGUUUAGCCGGUUCACUUUCGACAUGAUGCUUGCUUGGGAGAUGCCAAGCUCUACUGAUGAGGAGGCUUGUAUGGAAUGUGUGGCAAAGGAGAAAGAAGAGGGGAAGGUAUCCGUAAAAGUGACUCAAGAACAAGAUGAUAUUCCUCUUUUUUAUUCAGACAUCAUGCCACUCCUUGUUGAUAACGAGCCUAAUGUUGGAGAAGAUGCAUUUGCGUGGUUGGGAUCACUAGUUCCAUUAGUUGCAGAUCUUGUUAAUGGAAGAUUUACCUUCGAAACUCUAACAGCACCCACAGGCAACCGGCUGCAUUUUCCUGCAUACGACAAAUAUCUAAAAGAAAUUGACAAAUGCAUAAAACAUUUGCAAAAACAAGCGCCACCAAAUGGCGUUGAUCUAGGGGAUGAUGAAUUUAUAUUGCAUGUCGAGGGAACUGCAAGCUCGCAGAGAGUGGUGCGCCACAUUGGAGCAACAAGUUGGCCUGGUAAGCUUACACUAACAAAUUAUGCUCUCUACUUUGAGGCUUCUGGAGUUGUAACAUAUGAAGAUGCCCUUAAAAUAGACCUUUCUGAGAACAAGGAACAUAGUGUGAGACCAGUUUCCACAGGCCCAUGGGGUGCUCCACUUUUUGACAAGGCCAUACUGUAUGAGUCUGAAUCAUCUGAGGGAAUUGUACUAGAGUUUCCUGAGAUGACAAGCUCCACAAGGCGGGACCAUUGGCUUGCACUCAUUAAGGAGAUUAUGUUUAUGCACCAGUUCUUAUUAAAAUAUAAGGUGGAAUGUCCAAUACAAGCAUGGGAAAUGCAUGCAAGGACAAUAUUGGGUAUCAUAAGGCUCCAUGCUGCAAGAGAAAUGCUAAGAAUAUCGCCCCCUACUCCAACAAAAUUCUUGAUUUUUGCAUUGCUUGAUGAGCUACCAAAGGGAGAUUAUAUACUAGGACAACUCGUGGACAGUCUGAAGAAGAUCAACAGUGGACACCCAUGCAGUGCAAGUUCAACCCUCAAAAAUAUGAACAUGUCAUUGUCAAUCAUCUCAAGUGUAGAAGUAAAAGAAAUUGGUGAGGAAAAUGUGUGUGCAAGUGGCCUAGAUGACAACAACUCCUCACUUGAGAUUGCUAUUAAUCAAGCUAGAGAAGAAGAAAAGAAAAUUGUCAUUGCCAAAGCUACCACUAAGGAGUUGAAAGAGGAAGGAAUCACUGAAAGUACCCUUGUUUUUAUGGAGCUACUAAAGCCACUUAAAGGUGUGUUACUUUGGUUUGAAGAAAUUUUCACAUGGGAAAGACCAGUAACUACCCUUGUUGUCUUUGCUGCUACUCUUCUAAUCACAUACAAGGAGUGGCUUGGCAAGGCAAGUGCAUUUUUCUUUUUAUGGGUGGUAGCAAAGAUGAUCCAAGCUAGACAAAAAAAAAUUAAUGACAAAUGCAAAGAGAUUGUAGUCUCCUCAGCCUCUGACCAGACUACAAUGGAGAGCAUAGUCUCGGCUCAACACGGAUUACAAACUAUUCAUCAGGUGGUGCAGAUAGCAAAUAUAGCAUUAUUGAAAUUAUGGUCAAUAUUGAUUUCAAAGGCUCGUAAGCACGCAGAUAUAGUAAUGAUAUCAAUGAUUGGAUUAGCAAUUUUACUUGCAAUAGUACCAAUGAAGUUCAUCAUUAUGGCUAUCACUUUGUAUUGCUUCUCCAUGACAUCAAAACUAGGGAAGCAAGUGGGCAACAACCAAGGAAACAGACGACUGCAAGAAUGGUGGGACUCAAUUCCAGUUAUCCCAGUUCGUGUUGUAGACAAGCCUGUGGAUAGCCCUACAUGCAAAUCUAUGUGAUAUCAUAUUCAAUAUCAUAUGUAGUUUUUCUCUUAUUGCUUGUGUUGGCAGUUAUGACUCCUAGAAUGUGCAAUC